AUGUAGGCCGAGUUACGUAUGGUUGGAUUGCAGACUGUAAAUAUUUUUUUCUUCUCUGGAAACGACGAAAUAUAUUUCCGUAAUUUUCCUGCUUGUUUUUACCAUAGUAUGACAAUUUACAACGAUGGUAACUUGUCGAGAUGAUCCCUGUGGAUUUGUAUGUAUCAUCAUUACAUACUGUGCUGUGUUAUAUGCAGACUAUGUUGUCGUAAAUUGGUUGAUUAUACCGUCGAGUAUGUCGUCAAGUCUAUGGGGAGCGUUCCAUGCCCUCAUCUUCAAUACCAUCGUUCUCUGUUUAACAGUGGCUCAUUUUAGAGCAGUCCUUUCUGAUCCCGGCAUUGUUCCCUUGCCUACAGCUGCCAUUGACUUUUCAGAUGUUAGAACAGGACAACCUAUGAAGUCGAGAAUUGACAGGGUAUCUGGCCAAAGUUGGACUGUUUGUCAGAAAUGUGAGGCGUAUCGACCGCCGAGGGCGCACCACUGUCGGAUCUGUCGACGAUGCGUACGCAAGAUGGAUCAUCACUGUCCAUGGAUCAACAACUGUGUUGGAGAAUUCAACCAAAAGUACUUCAUUCAAUUCCUGUUUUAUGUUGGUAUGGCAUCGCUUUAUUCCAUUAUUGUACUCAUCAUCGCAUGGUCAGGGGAAUGCCCCUCAUGUAAGGAUAUGGACGAGAAGAAUGCAAGAAUAGCUCAUUCGAUAGUCCUUGUUGUUAUAUCACUUCUGUUUGGAUUGUUUGUUGCUGCCAUCGGCUGCGAUCAGAUAAGCGCAAUAUUUGAAGAUGAGACGCUAGUAGAACAAGUCAAGAAUCGAGGCCAUCAGAGAACUGCUACUCAAAGAACCAAGAUGGAUUUACUCAGGGAGGUCUUUGGUAACGGGCCCAUGUGGUAUUGGAUGAUACCUUGUCGUUCUACGCAGUACAGACGAUUCAUUCCGCCAAGCUUCAAUGUGUAAUAUCACCUCUCGUCACUACAUAUUCAUCAGGGCCCGUAUUUCAGUUCAGUACUUUAAACAUGUUGGUAUUUUACUUAGUCUUUAGCUUAGCUAAGCGAAAUGGCUCAAGUCUUUGUCAGAUCACAUCUAAGUCACUUUAAAUCACUUUAAAAUGAUUGAUGAAAAUAAUAUUCAUAUUAUAUUUAUUCUUGGGAACCUACAAAAACAAGCUAUGCUUUCCAGUAGUUU